GGAGGAGUUAUUAUUGAGUACCUUUUUAUUCCCUUUUGAAUUAAAAAACUUAAAUAUACUAAAGAUCAUGUUUAGCAGACAAUUAUUACGUGCUUCAUUGGCACCAAUGGCCAGAAAGUCAUUUGCUCCAUCUUUCACUGCUGGAUCCCGGUUUUUCUCUUUCACUGCUGAAAACCAACCAAGAAUUAGAAUUGGAUCUGUAGCACCAAACUUUGUUGCUGAAACUACUCAAGGUAAGAUUGAUUUCCACGAAUACAUCGGAGACAAUUGGAUUGUAUUGUUCUCUCAUCCAGCUGAUUUCACUCCAGUUUGUACCACUGAAUUGGGUGCCUUUGCCAAAUUGGAACCUGAAUUUACCAAGAGAGGAGUUAAGUUGAUUGGAUUGUCCACUGAAGGCGUUGAGAGUCACAAUUCUUGGAUUAAGGACAUCGAAGACGUUGCCACCGGUGGCAAACCUUUCGGUUACCCAAUCAUUGCCGACGCCAACAAGGAAGUUGCCUUCAAGUAUGACAUGCUUACUGAAGAAGAUUUCAAGAACAUUAACUCUGGAUUAGUAGCCACUGUCAGAUCUGUCUUCAUUAUUGAUCCAAGUAAGAAGGUUAGAUUAAUCAUGACUUAUCCAGCAUCUACUGGUAGAAACUCUGCUGAAGUAUUGAGAGUCAUUGAUGGAUUACAAUUGUCUGAUGCCAAGGGAAUUGCUACCCCAAUUGACUGGUCUGUUGGACAAGAUGUUAUUAUCCCACCAUCUGUUUCUGAUGAAGAUGCCAAGGCCAAGUUUGGUGAAUUCCAAACUUUGAAGUCUUACUUGAGAACUACCAAAUCUCCAUUGUAAACUUUAAGGACAAAUAAUAAAAUAAUUACAAAAAUUUAUAUAUUCUAUACUUGUACUUCAAAUCACUACUAGCUCUAGAUUAAAACAACUACCC